AUGGAGUUUGACAGUACUGGUGACUUAUUUUGCUAUCCUGGCGGGUUCUCGCAUUCAGUUGAGUCUGGUGCGGGCAAGAGGAGGGUGUUUACCAUAGGAAACUAUGUCAAUCAGAGGCUUCUCCGACCUCUCCAGCCCCGAAAUGAGGCUAUUUUCCUUCUCUACGACCACAGACUGAAGUUAGAAGAUCCACCGGAGAUAGUCCUUUCUUUGACCUACCUUGACUUUAGUGGGUCUACGAAUCCGCGGAGGGACAAGUCUGCUAGUGACCAAGCAUCGAGUCAAGAUAGGAGCAACCCCCCAUUCAAACCAACCUAUAAAACAAGUUUUCACUAG